GCACCAUCAGCUGGCGUUAAACUCCCAUUUGCCCGAAAAAAAAAGCUGGCGUUAAACUCCCCUGCAGCCUCUUUCCUGUUUUUUCCUGCUUUCGUUAGCGCAGACACAAAAGUGUAACUCCUCUCCAUUCUCUCGCCUUUCCACCUCGCCCCCCACUCCCCCUCCCCGCAGGAAUCCUCCCACUUUUCUGUUCCGUCGCCUGGACAGAUCUCUCGAGGCGCAUCCGUCGCCCCUCUCCGCAAUCCGAAGCGGCGACGAGCUCGCGCCGGCGGAGAUCCGCCGCCUGAACUGGGUUUUCAUAGUCUCGACAAUUCUACCGGAAUGAUGUUUUAGCAUGAUUAUAGAAGUGAAGCCUUGUAAAUGUAGAUUCUGAAGCUCUGUCAUUGCUACACAUACACCUGGAUCAUGGCACCACGCAACAGAACUUCAUCUAGAAGGCCUCUCUGGGUCAUCGUCUUGAUUGCUUUUGUCUGUGCGAUAGUCACUGGUGCCUAUCUUUAUAAACCCCAACAUUACACGGGUUGCUACUUGUCUAAUUCCUGUGGUUCUCAGCCUCCUCUAGAACCUGUGAGAGUAUACACUGAUGAUGAGAUAGCUGCUCGUGCUGUAAUGAGAGACCUUGUUCUGUCACAGCCUGUUCAGUCAAAGAAUCCGAAGAUCGCUUUCAUGUUCUUGACACCCAGUUCAUUGCCUUUUGAGAAGCUUUGGGAAAAGUUCUUCAUGGGACAUGAAGACCGAUACACAAUAUACGUACAUGCUUCAAGAGAAAAGACAGUUCAUGCAAGUCCAAUAUUCGCUGGCAGGGAUAUUCGGAGUGAAAAGGUGGUCUGGGGUACAGUUACUAUGAUUGAUGCAGAGAGGAGGCUCUUGGCAAAUGCACUGCAAGAUGCAGAUAACCAGCAUUUUGUCUUGCUCUCUGAGAGUUGUGUACCACUGCAUAACUUCGAUUAUGUAUAUAGUUAUCUCAUGGAAACAAACAUCAGCUUUGUUGACUCUUUCGAUGAUCCUGGUCCACAUGGAGCAGGUAGAUACUCUGAGCAUAUGUUACCUGAAAUCGUCAAGAGGGAUUGGAGAAAGGGUGCACAGUGGUUCACGGUGAAACGGCAGCAUGCAGUUCUUAUACUUGUUGACACUCUUUACUAUGGAAAGUUCAAACGUUACUGUAAGCCUGGAAAUGAAUAUCAUAACUGCUAUUCUGAUGAGCACUAUCUGCCAACCUUAUUUAAUAUGGUUGAUCCAACUGGAAUCGCGAAUUGGUCAGUGACACGUGUUGAUUGGUCUGAAGGAAAAUGGCAUCCUAAAGUUUAUAGGGCUGUUGACACAAGCUUUGAACUGCUUAAAAGUAUAGCGUCUAUCGACGAGAGCGUUCACGUGACGAGCAACGCGAAGCACGAAAUGCAGCGAAGACCGUGCAUGUGGAACGGCAUGAAGAGGCCUUGCUACCUAUUCGCACGGAAAUUUUAUCCCGAGGCGCUCGACACUCUGAUGAACAUUUUCUCGAAUUUCACCGUCAUAUGAGUAUGGCGGAUGCCUCAAGGAUUCUUUUUUCAUACCGAUUGUUGCCCGCCGUGGCGCUGCAGUCCAGGCGCUGUUGUGUUGUAGCUGGUGUCAGAAUACACUGCUUGUUCAGCAGAGGUUUGCACGUUUUCAGAUGGCACCUGACCUGGCCUGCUGGUCUCUGAAGCAAAAUCUCUCAAUGGUUAGGCUAUUUUAGUAGCAGCUCUUUUAAUGGCGAUUUUUGCUGGUGUAGAACAGUGGCAACUGCAAAACGAAAUGAACCAGUUCGUCUGACCGAGAAGUGCUCUGUUCUUUUAUGAAAUUGAUGCCUGAUCCCUUA